AUGGUUAUCAUUUUUCAGGAGGUUGAGUUGAAGUACACAAAGGCCAAUGGAUAUGAUGAUGAUGCUGAAGUAAUCUACGGAGAUACCGACUCAGUCAUGGUCAAGUUUGGCUGCGCUGAGGCUGCGGAUUUUGUGAGCGCCAAGUUCCAGAAACCCAUCAAGCUGGAGUUAGAAAAAAGAUGUCAAGGCUCGUUGCAUCAGGAAGUCAUCUGCACCGCGAGCGAUUGUCCGAUCUUCUACAUGCGCACUAAGAGUCGUAAAGAUGUCGAGGACUCUUAUGCCGUCCUUCAACGCUUCGAUGGGGCUUGUAGCCGUUUGGUUGUGUACCUCCAAGCUCUCCCUUUCGUCUUGUUGUAUUCUUACUGGACUUUAUAG